CUCGGUGACAGCUCAAAAUGCAGCCCAGCCGGUAAAUGCGUGGCCCCCUUCGUUACAUUUCGAGCCGAGCACAGUCUUGGAGUUACUAUGAUCGAAUGAUAGCGCCCGAAAACGGAUGUCGGUUUUCCUGGAAUAAAAUGAUAUAUCCUCCUGGGAGCCUGGGUUCCGAGAUGGUGAAGUAAAGGCUGCGCUGGUGUUGAUCGGUUCGACUUAUACCCUUUCUCUGUGAGAUAAUAACGAGCAAGUCAUCGUCUCUCACCAAUAGCGAUUUGUCUACCGCUACGCUCAACUUUGUCUAGGUUGCUUGUUUUCUCGUGUGGCUUCUUAACUACCUCUCGUGCCUCACUAAACCACAGUCGACUUGUACGGAGCUUCUACACGCAGCCUCCGAUUUCCUAGUUCCAGUUCCUCUUGUCCUCUCAAUCUAGGCAUAAUGGCCUCUCCCAGGUGGAAAAUCGCCGUUGCUGCGGAUGAUGCGGGUGUUGGCUACAAAAACAAGAUCAAGGCUGACUUCGAGAACGACCCGCGAGUCGAAUCUGUAACAGACGUCGGUAGUUUCGAGGCCGACGACAAAACGGCAUAUCCACACCGCGCUGCUGCGGCCGCGCAGUUGGUGGCCGACGGGAAAGUAGAUCGUGCCCUCCUGAUAUGUGGCACUGGUCUCGGCGUCGCCAUCAGUGCCAACAAGGUCAAGGGCGUCCGCGCCGUUACAGCGCACGAUAGCUUCUCAGUGGAGCGCGCUGUACUCAGCAAUAAUGCCCAGGUGUUGUGCAUGGGUGAGCGUGUCAUUGGGCUUGAAUUAGCACGUCGAUUGGCGAAAGAAUGGUUGAGCUAUGUCUUCGACACAUCGAGUGCGAGUGCGGCGAAAGUGGAAGCGAUUAACGAGCUGGAAAAGAAGCUAUAAUAUGUCGAACAUGGCAAAUGUAUUAAAGAAGCAUGCUUCUGGCGGUUAAUGAUGGCUGAAAUUUUGCGCAUAGAUAGCUUUGGGGCCAUUUAAUACUGAUACAAUGUGUUGGUUUUUUUUUUCGGUUUUUUUUUUUUUUUUUCUUUCCUUCUUUUCGAGCGCAACUUCAAAUGCACAUAAUCACAUUGAUAAUACUCGUAACUAUAAGCCACAGGGUAUAGAACCGCAGUCUUCAUCAGUAGAUACUGUUCACACCGAUAGGGCCGUCAGUGACGGAUGACCCUUAAUCUAUAUUUCUAAGAAUAGACUCGUAGCCAGUCAUCGUAAUGACGAUAAUAGAGAAGAGCUACCGA